AUAUUUACACUUGUGAAACUUUCAAAAAGUUUCAUUAUUCCAGUCCCAACUACAGCUCAGACAUGACAUUAGUCUGUAAGGGGUAAAAAUGAGCCCAAAGGCAGGCUGGUCAACACAGACCACAGUCCAGCAUGAGUCCAGUUUUUCAAAGCUACAAAGGCAAAGGUCAGUACAGAGUUCUAAGCUGAAUCCCUAACAUCUCUAAAAAGUGUAGUUGAAGAAAUGUUGCUUUGUCAAUUACUCCGGCUGUUUAUCACCAGGAGACCCUGGGUCUCUUCACCAACUUCCAGUAAAUGACUCAUCAUCUCCCUCUGGCUCUGAACGGCUUCCCUACUCACCUAAAGAACUACAACCUCCUUUAAUCAUUGGUUUCAACUCUUCCUCUGUAACUACAUUCUAUGUGGCCAAAGUGGACCCUACCGAUCCUCUGUGGAGCUCUGGUGAUUUUGAAGUGAUUUUGAAGCAAUUUACAAACCUGCAGACAACACAGCACCUCAACACACAAUGUAAAGGAAUUGGAAUGAACACACUUGGAAUUAAGAACUAACCCUUUGUUCAGUAGCAUUAUUAUGGGGUCAUACUGUACAUAGUGUGUAUAUGUGGGAUACAUAUCGCAUUCAGAGCUUUUAUUUUUCCUGCUUGCUUCAAUAGCUAACCAGGAUUAAGAAACUCUGCCUUAAUUUCAUAAAACAAAAUAGCAAAAUAUCCAUCCAGUCAAGAUGACCACUUUUGCCACUGGAAUGUGAUGGAAAAGUGUGAGGAAAAUUAUUUCUGAAUAGAGAAUGAAAGAAACUGUGUUUUUGUAUAAUGAUAAAAACUAAAAUAAGACGUGAAACUGUUAAAAACACUGAGUAGAUCAUUUAACCUGCCAGCUGGAUGAACAAAUGCCUGACCUGUCUCUGCAGUGUUACCUGUUACCUCAUGUGACACAGAUGCAUACGUAAGCCAAGCGUAAUCUCCUCAGGCUCUGUCUCAGUAGAUUAGGCUACACAAACAGACAGAAGGCGGAAAAGAAACCACCACAAAGAGAUGAAGAGGACAAGAGAAGGAAGCCAGAGUGGAUGGAUGGAAGAACCGCCUUUGGGGGAUUUUAAUUUUAAUUUGUGUGGACCCAGAUGAAGCAGAGAGUGAUUGGGAAGUGGACACAUGUGUCUGAUACUUAGCUAAUUCAUCAAUGUCUCUUUCUCCUCUUCCUGCUGAACCUGCUCUUAAACAUAGCUCACAAAGCUGACUGAAUUGAACAAUUGAAGUUGUCAGCAACUUGGUUUGAUUUGUAUUUUACUGAUGGAUGAAGAUAGCACAUAUUCUCCGGCAUAGCUUCCAUUGGUUUCUGUGACGUGGAUCAUUUGUACAGUAUAAGUUAUCUGCUUCAUUAGCUUCACAAAGUUCCUCUCAAUGAAUUCAGAUGAAGCUGAGGUGUUUUCAGACACAGAGGACCUGAGUCUUUUUAGAGGAGAGGAGAAGGGGGGAGAGGAGGAGGUUGAUGAUGAAGAUCCUAGGGUCUUCAGCGCAUGGGUGCGGCUUUACAAAGGGGGACGACAACAGACAAACUCUGGAGAAGAAGAGGAGGACAGGGUGACAGAGGGGCAACAGGCUAACAGCAGAACCAGCUCAGAAGAAUCAGUCCCAAGUAGGAGUGACCAUCGGGCAUCUCUGCCGUGUCCGGCCACACUCUCAGCCAUGCAGCUUUCCCGGCUCCACUCAUCUACUUGCGCCCCGGUGACAGCGAAGGUUUUGCUUCGACGCUCUUCUUCACGCCGCCUCCCUCUCCUGCCACAGGACGUUCCUGCUCCGUCUCUCGAGCGUAGACCCUCCCUCAUUCCUACAAUCCCAGAAGCUUUGCCUCCCGAGAGACGAAUGCAGUUCAGGAGGCGCAACGUCAUGUCAUUAAGUGAUGCAGACACUGUGUGCUUGAUGUGUCAUAACAACCUAAAUGUUGGAGCUGGUGGCAUCAGAGAACUGCAGUGUACACACUCCUUCCAUAGAGAGUGUAUAGAAGAGUGGCUGUGGAGAAAACAGUCCUGUCCCACAUGUCAUGUUCAACUGUCCAUGUCAAAGCCUGUCUACUGGAGCUCCACCAGAGUCAAAGUACCCUAGGAUCACCAAAAGGGGAGGGCCACGUCAUCUAAACUCACAUCAGGACAAAUGCAAUGAACUCUAUUUCUUUAAAUCUGUGACCUCAUCUUCACCUGAUAUUUCUAGCAUUGGACUGUGGUCACAUUUGGUUCUUAGGACAGUAGGAUUGCUGCAAUUAAUUGAGGCACAACUGUGAUUACCCAGACUACAACAGAAACAUUGCAGUAAUGUGAGGUCAAAAUAUCCUCCCAUAAUGCUUUGCAGUUCUGUGUAAUGUUGUAUGUAAUGCUACAACAUUGUACAAAAUGUACUUUUUUACUUAUGCAUGUUAAAACUACUAAUAAAGUUAGAAAAAUGCCCUUCAUAGUUAAAGGUAAAUGUACUGAUGCUGUAGAGCACACUGACCUACCAGGUGCCCUGCCUUUUGACUGAUGUUAUACCACUUAUGGCUUGUGGUUAUCACACAGCGUAGCCACAUUUUAAUUUUGGUAUUAAUGUGAAUUACUGAUUGUCCUACUGUAGUAAUUGCACACACGAUGUUACUGUAAACAGCUGAGGGGAGGUGCUGUGAUGCUAAUCUAAUUAAAGACACUUUACCCCAAUGACCUCUGAUGACGGAUCAACA